GUUGCUCAUUGGGUUGAUUAUCAGUGGAAAGUAUUGCAUCAGUACACUACUGAGCCGUUCUGACUGUGUAGUGUCCGUUGUGUGGAGCCGUGCUAAUCAGUGUCAUUCGGAACAGGUUUUGCCAGUAAAAUGGUGUUAGACAUAGAGCUUUUUCGUGCUGACAAGGGAGGUAUUCCAGAUAAGAUAAAGGAGAAUCAAGCCAAGCGUUACAAGGAUGUGACUUUGGUGGACAAAGUGGUCGAAGCGGACACCAAAUGGCGAAAGUUGCGUUAUGAAGCUGACAACCUGAACAAGAUGAAGAACCUCUGCAGCAGGACCAUCGGCGAAAAAAUGAAGAAAAAGGAGCCGGUUGGUAGUGAAGAUGAGCAACUCCCAGCAAAGAUUGCAGAGACCCUCAAUGAUUGCAUUGCAGAAGAUUUGAAGGAGCUGUCCGUGUCCCAACUCAAGAAGGCCAGGCAGCUCAUUGAUGAGCAGAUUGCUAGGUGUAAUGAGGAGCGCGUCGUGUGUGAGACAACUCGCAAGGAGAACAUGAUGGAGAUUGGCAAUUUCCUGCACGAGUCUGUCAUCAUCAGUAACGAUGAGGAUGAUAACGGCAUCGUCAAGAUGGUAGGAGAUUGCCAAGUUAAGAAGAGGUACUCUCACGUUGACCUGAUUCACAUGAUAGAUGGAUUGGAUGGGGAUCGAGGGGCUGUUGUGUCUGGUAGUAGGGGCUACUUCCUCAAGGGGCCAGCAGUGUUCCUGUCUCAAGCCGUUCAGCAGUAUGCUCUACGGCUCCUCCAUGAGAAAGGUUACACGCCGCUCUAUACACCGUUCUUUAUGCGCAAGGAAGUCAUGCAGGAGGUGGCCCAGCUUAGCCAGUUUGACGAGGAACUCUACAAGGUCAUUGGAAAGGGAAGUGAGAAGGCAGAGGAGGCGACUAUCGAAGAGAAGUAUUUGAUAGCAACCUCGGAGCAACCUAUCGCCGCCUACCAUCGGAACGAGUGGAUGGCGGUAGACGAACUCCCCAAGCGCUAUGCUGGGAUCUCCUCAUGCUUCCGUCAAGAAGUCGGCUCACAUGGUCGUGAUACCAGGGGCAUCUUUAGGGUACAUCAGUUCGAAAAGAUUGAGCAGUUUUGUAUAACAUCGCCCCAGGACAACAAAUCCUGGGAGGUGUUUGACGAGCUGUUGCAGAAUGCCGAGGAGUUUUGUCAAAAGUUGGGCGUCAGCUAUCGAGUAGUUAACAUCGUCUCGGGUGCCUUGAAUAAUGCAGCAGCCAAGAAGCAUGACGUAGAGGCCUGGUUCCCAGGCUCCGGUGCAUUUAGAGAGCUGGUGUCUUGCUCCAACUGUACCGACUACCAGUCCAGGCGGCUGUUGAUACGGCAUGGCCAAACCAAGAAAAUGAACGAGCAGGCGGAGUAUGUACACAUGUUGAAUGCUACGAUGUGCGCUAAUACACGCAUGGUGUGCGUCAUUUUGGAGACCAAUCAAACGGAUGAAGGCAUUGCUGUACCAGAUGCCUUGAAACCCUACAUGCCAGACUCCUACAAGGAUUUAAUCAAAUUUGUGAAGCCAGCACCGGCGGACGAACCUCAAGCCAAGAAAGACAAGAAGCAGAAAGACAGCGGGAAGAAGAAGGCCAAGAAGGAAUCGGUGGAGGAAGACGUCAAGAAAAUGACGCUAGGAGAGUAACGCCUCCACUCUCCGUUUGGCGAGCUGUAAUAUCCCAAUGGUUAGGUAAAGCCCAGUUCAAAACUCGGUCACGGGAAAACGCAGGAGGUUUUUGCUUGAGCUCCGGCACCGUUUUACCCUUCUACAAGAGUGGUCACUUGGCGUUCCAAAUUCUGCACUUCUGCAAACUUUGACAAUUAAAUUAUUAAGCCUUAUGAUGUGAUGUCAGCUGUGAUUAGUAUAAUUAUGGUACUAGUAUUCUGGAAUUUCUUAGAAGAUAUGUUCCUGCUGUAAGCAACCUUUCAUCGUUAAAAACGGUUGAAUCCUGUUUACCUGUGUACUACUUGUGUGACCCCUGUCAAGAACUUCAUAAGAUCACAUUACACACAGAACUGAUACAUAAGGCAUCUUGUACUCGAUUUAUCAUAAAUGUAACCCAGAUAUCUGUGAAGUAGUGUGCAAUUCUGGGGUUUUUUUUGUUUAAAAGAAGUGGCCCUAUAUAUUUUUCUUUGACCCUUACUGUCUGCAGCUUUAUGUAUGCCUUUUGUCAUUAUGGGCUGUUAUUCCAGUUUCCUUUUUUGGGGUUUCUCAAAUCAUGAAUCUUGUAAGUCUUGAUAGUUGUACAAUUUUGUCACUAUGGGCCAAGCUUUGCUCCGAUGCAAUCUGAAACCCCUCCCCCCUUGAGUUUGUUUAUCAAGAGAUAGUAUUAUCAUUGCUUAAUGAUGUCAUGUUUAUAUAUUAACAAUGAACUUAAGAGGUGAAGGCAACAGGGUGUGAACCCAGAUACCACCAAAGCUGGGGCAAAACCAUGACCAAAAAUUCAGAAUUUGACGUAAGGAUUUGAAGAAAAAAGUUCACUCCUCCGUCUUUUUGUUAUCCAACAUUUCUGGUAAAUUUUCCUGUAAGCGAGAAAGCAAGGGUUUCACGAUGGUUCUACAUAAAGCAUGGAUGGGAUUUGUCGUGAUUUUUCCUGAUUUUUUUAAACACUUUCUUUUAAAAUCAAGAAAAUCUCGAGUUCACCGAUAAGGUGUUUUUAUGUGGUACAGUUGAUGGAGAAUACGAGACAAGGGUAUUUUCAGGAGUGCCUUCAGGCAAACACAAAUAUAUGCCGUAGACCCUACACUGCUGUGGGGCCCUCAAAACCUCAGGAGAUUAUUUCAUGGAUAUUUCAUUUUUAUCCAGUGUCGCCCCUGACAAAGAUGUGACAGACUCUGUUUAAAUAAUUUAAUUAUACUCAAAACUGUCCAAGCUCAUAAACUUUAAUAUCUUGAUUUUGUGUAAAGAUAAAGGGGCCAACAUCAGCCUUGCAUGUCAAAGAAGGUAGGCUGUACAUUAAAGGGAAACUUCAUUUUUUGCCAAAGAUUUUGCUCCUUUUUUAAUAACUAAGAGGAUAUUUUUUGUUGACCAUGACAAGUAUCUGUCGUCAAUGAUUAAUGUUAAUUUUAUCUUUAUCAAAUACCCCUUUAUCAUACCUGUACAUGACUUUCUAAAAAGAUGAUUCACUUGAUGCAAACUUUGCAGAUAUCCCAGUCAAAAACCUUGCCUUUCAUUUUGUGUUUGUUUUUGUUUUGUUUGGCAUCUGUUUCACCGUUUGAAUCACAAUAUAUGAUAUAUGUGUCUUGAUAUUCGGUAAGCUUUUAGGACAAAGUGCGCUAUUGGUAGAUGGGAUGACGCAGAUCACGAGUAUACAUGCGUAAUGUGCUUUGAAAACAAGUUACUCAUGCUCACGGAAUUGUUUGGGAGUAGGUAAGCAUCGGCCGGAAUAAAGAUGAUUUAACUCUAAUCGCA